AAUGAGGAGGACCAUGAGGACCUGAGUGAUGCCCUACACCAGGUCAAGGAGGUCAUCACUGCAGUGGACAGCAAGGUAAUAUAAUGAUAAUAAUAAUAAUGAUAAUAAUAAUAAUAAUAAUAAUAAUAAUAAUAAUAAUAAUAAUAAUAAUAGUAAUAGUAAUAAUAAUAAUAAUUGAAUAAUAAUUGUCUUGUUUCUAGGUGAACUGACCUAUGAUAAUAAUUGUCUUGUUUAUAGGUGAACUGACCUAUGAUAAUAAUUUUCUUGUUUCUAGGUGAACUGACCUAUGAUAAUAAUUGUCUUGUUUCUAGGUGAACUGACCUAUGAUAAUAAUUAUCUUGUUUCUAGGUGAACUGACCUAUGAUAAUAAUUGUCUUGUUUCUAGGUGAACUGACCUAUGAUAAUAAUUGUCUUGUUUCUAGGUGAACUGACCUAUGAUAAUAAUUGUCUUGUUUCUAGGUGAACUGACCUAUGAUAAUAAUUGUCUUGUUUCUAGGUGAACUGCCCUGUGAUAAUAAUUGUCUUGUUUCUAGGUGAACUGACCUAUGAUAAUAAUUGUCUUGUUUCUAGGUGAACUGACCUAUUAUAAUAAUUGUCUUGUUUCUAGGUGAACUGACCUAUGAUAAUAAUUGUCUUGUUUCUAGGUGAAUUGACCUAUGAUAUUAAUUGUCUUGUUUCUAGGUGAACUGACCUAUGAUAAUAAUUUUCUUGUUUCUAGGUGAACUGAGCUAUGAUAAUAACUGUCUUGUUUCUAGGUGAACGAGCAGGAGAAGAAGAGGAGGCUGAAGGACAUCUACAGCCGGACAGACAGCAAGUCCAUCAUGAGGAUGAAGAGUGGUCAGAUGUUCGCUAGAGAGGACCUUCUCAGAGGGAGGAGCCUGCUGUAUGAUGGUCCUCUGCAGCUGAAGAACAUACAGGGGAGACUGAAGGGUGAGGAGGAUCCAACCAUUCUCUUUCUUUCUCUAUAUUCAGACUCUCCUAUGUUCUCUGUUGUGAGGAACACAAACACAAACACCAAUCUCUUUUCUCAAUUUUUUGACUCUCGCAAGCCAGUAUCCAUUUGUUUAAAUGGUCUCUCAAGCUCUCUCUUUCCUGUCGCGGAAGCCAUUGCAAUAAGGAAUUUGCAUAGAUGUUUUUUAUGUAGUGUUUAUGUACUUUCUGAUCCCUUUGAAUGUCUUUAUUUUCUAACGUUUAAAGUGUCUUUUCCCUGACCUCUAACCUGGGCUCAUUCUUCUUCUCUCUCCAGAUGUAACGGCCGUGCUUCUCUCUGAUAUCUUCGUCUUCCUGCAGGAGAAAGACCAGAAAUACGUCUUCGCCUCUCUGGUAGGUGAUUGGUUUAGACCAGAAAUAUGUAAUUAUGUCUUUGGCUCUUUCAUUGGCAAGAUUAGCAAACGUAGGCAUGACAUGCCAGCAACAAACGCUGACACUACAUAUCCAAGUGACCAAAUUCUGAAAGACAAGCAUUGUAAUUUUGAAUUCCGUAAAAUGAGUGUGGAAGUGGUGAAAAAAGUAUUGUUGUCUAUCAACAAUGACAAGCCACUGAGGUCUGACAACUUCGAUAUAAAAUUACUGAGGAUAAUAGCGGACGAUAUUGCCACUCCUAGUUGCCAUAUCUUCAAUUUAAGCCUACUAGAAAGUGUGUGCCCUCAGGCCUGGAGGGAAGCAAAAGUCAUUCUGCUACCUAAGAAUAGUAAAGCCCCCUUUACUGGCUCAAAUAGCCGACCAAUCAGCCUGUUACCAACCCUUAGUAAACUUUUGUUUGACCAGAUACAAUGCUAUUUUACAGUAAACAAAUUGACAACAGACAUUCAGCACGCUUAUAGGGAAGGACAUUCAACAAGCACUUACACAAAUGACUGAUGAUUGGCUGAGAUAAAUUGAUGAUUAAAAAUUUGUGGGGGCUGUUUUGUUAGACUUCAGUGCGGCUUUUGAUAUUAUCGAUCAUAGUCUGUUGCUGGAAAAACAUAUACAGUGGGGAGAACAAGUAUUUGAUACACUGCCGAUUUUUGCAGGUUUUCCUACUUACAAAGCAUGUAGAGGUCUGUAAUUUUUUAUCAUAGAUACACUUCAACUGUGAGAGACGGAAUCUAAAACAAAAAUCCAGAAAAUCACAUUGUAUGAUUUUUUAUUAAUUAAUUUGCACUUUAUAGCAUGACAUAGCAUGACAUAAGUAUUUAAGAAUUCCGGCCCUCACAGACCUGUUAGUUUUUCUUUAAGAAGCCCUCCUGUUCUCCACUCAUUACCUGGAUUAACUGCACCGGUUUGAACUCUACAGCCUUUACGUCAGUAGCCCUGCCCCUGGUAAACAGGGGAUCGUGGAGAUGAGACAGGAGAAGAGAAGAGAGAGAGAGAGAGAGAGAGGCAGAGGGAGAGAGAAGAAAGAAGAAGAGACGAUGAGAGAGAGAGAGAGCAGAGAGAGAGAGAGAGAGAGAGAGGAGAGGAGAGAGCGAGAGAGAGAGAGAGAGAGAGAGGAGAGAGGAGAGAGAAGAGAGAGAGAGAGAGAGAGCAGAAAGAGAAGAGAGAAGAGAGAAAGAGAGGAGAGAGAGAGAGAAGAGAUAAAGAGAGAGAGCGAGAGAGAGAGAGAGAGAGAGAGGAGAGAGAGAGAGAGAGAGAGAGGAGAGGAAGAAGAGCGAGGAGAGCGAGGAGAGAGAGAGAGAGCGAGAGAGAGAGAGAGAGAGAGAGGAGAGAGCAGAAGAGAGAGAGAGAAAAGGACGGAGAAAAGAGCAAGAGAAGAGACAAGAGAGAGAGAGCAAGAGAAACGAGAAAAGAGGGAGAGAGAGAAAAGAGAAAGGCAAAAACAGAGACGAGAAGAGAGAAGAGAGAGAAAAGAGAGAAAAGAAGAGGAAGAGAGAAGAGAAGAGAGAAGAAAGAGAGAAGGGGAGAUGAGAGAGAGAUAGAGAGAGAGAGAGAGCAAGAGAGAGAGAGAGAGAGAAGAAGAGAGAGAGAGAGGAAAGAGAAGAGCGAGAGCGGAGAGGAGAGAGAUAGAGAGCGAAGAUGAGUCGAGAGAGAGGAAAAGAGAGAAAAAAGAGAGAAGAGAAGAGAAAAGAGAAAGAGAAGAGAGGAGAGAAAAGAGAGAAAGAGAGAGAGAGAGAGAAAGAGAGAGAGAGAGAGAAAAAAGAGAGAGAAAGAGAGAAAAGAAGAAAAGAGCUCUUAGAGUCAAAAGAGAAUCCAUCUCUCUCCCCUUCCAAUAAGUCCGCUCUCCUACCUCACUCUCCCGUCUCUUCCUACCUUUGCCCCAUCCUUUUAUCUCCCUCCCUCUCUUCCAUCCCCUCCUCUGUAGGACCAGCGCUCCACGGUCCUCUCCCUCCAGAAGCUGAUCGUUAGAGAGAUGGCUAACGAGGAGAGGGGUCUCUUCCUGAUAACAGCAGGGAUGGAGAAACCAGAGAUGGUGGAAGUACACACUGCAACCAAGGAGGAACGCAACACCUGGAUGCAACUCAUACAGGAUGCCAUGCACUCCAUGUAAGUCUGAACCCUGAACCAUGGACCAAGAGAGAGAGAGAGAGAGAGAGAGAGAGAGACAGGGGAGAGAGAGAGAGAGAGACAGAGGGGAGCGAGAGAGAGGGGGGAGCGAGAGAGAGAGAGAGAGAAUAAGCUACUUUUCUGUACCUGAGGAUGGAGGAAUGUACAGGAUGUUGUAAUGCUCUAUCUGAGUAUUGACUGUUCUCUCUAUGGCUUCAUCACCUCAUGGGCAGGCUGGCACUGUACGCUACUCUACCCUCUGCUUUCUCAGUAGUAGAGAGAAGACUCUAGAAGACUCUAGAAGACUCUAGAAGACUCUAGAAAACUCUAGAAGACUCUAGAAGACUAGCGCUGUAAACAGAAGGCUUUUAUAAUAAUAAUAAUAAUAUGCCAUUUAGCAGACGCUUUUAUCCAAAGCGACUUACAGUCAUGUGCGCAUACAUUUUUACGUAUGGGUGGUCCCGGGGAUCGAACCCACUACCCUGGCGUUACAAGCGCCGUGCUCUACCAGCUGAGCUCUAGGAUGCUAAGAGAAUAUGUGAAUGUGUGGCUGGAAAUGGGAGUGGUAAUCAUGACUCUGGUUUGUACUAAUGAUGUUGCUUUACAGAGAGAAAUAUGAGGAUGAGGGGAUCCCCAGCGAGACAGAGGAGGACAAGAGACUGCUGGAGACCAAAGCUAAGGAGAUGAGAGGUGAGGAGACUCCUUGGAGUGUGUUUCAUAUCAAAUGUUAUUUGUCACAUGCUUCGUAGACAACAGGUGUAGACUGACAGUGAAAAUCUUACUUAUGGGUCCUUCCUAACAACGCAGAGAGAAAAAUAUAAAUAAUUGAAAAAUAAGAACACAAGGAAUAAAUACACAAUGAGUAACGAUAACUUGGCUAUAGACACUGGGUACCAGUACUGAGUCAAUGAUAACAUGGUUAUAUACACAGGGUACCAGUACUGAGUCAAUGAUAACAUGGUUAUAUACAGGGGGUACCAGUACUGAGUCAAUGAUAACAUGGCUAUAUACACUGGGUACCAGUACUGAGUCAAUUGAUAACAUGGUUAUAUACACUGGGGUACCAGUACUGAGUCAAUGAUAACAUGGCUAUAUACACUGGGGUACCAGUACUGAGUCAAUGAUAACUGCUAUAUACACUGGGUACCAGUACUGGUCAAUGAUAACAGGGUUAUAUACCAUGGGUACCAGUGACUGAGUCAAUGAUAACAGGUUAAUACACUGGGGUACCAGUACUGAGUAUCAAUGAUAACAUGGCUAUAUACACUGGGUACCAGUACUGAGUCAAUGAUAACAUGGUUAUUAUACAAUGGGUACCAGUACUGAGUCAAUGAUAACAUGGCUUUAUACAGGGGGUACCAGUACUGAGUCAAUGAUAACAUGACUAUAUACACUGGGUACCAGUACUGAGUCAAUGAUAACAUGGUUAUAUACACUGGGUACCAGUACUGAGUCAAUGAUAACAUGACUAUAUACACUGGGUACCAGUACUGAGUCAAUGAUAACAUGGCUAUAUACACUGGGUACCAGUACAUCAACUGAAAGUUGACAAACUAUUAGAAUUUAAGCAACCAGGAAGUGGCGGAGCGAUUUCUGCAUAGUGCAUCACUAACCUGUUUAAAGGUCUUACUCACAUCGGCCUCGGAGCGAAAUCACACGGUCGUCCAGAACAGCUGCUGCUCUCAUACAUUGUUCAGUGUUGCUUGCCUCGAAGCGAGCAUAGAAGGAAUUUAGCUCGUCUGGUAUGAUUUUUUUUAAACACUUUUUUUAAGGUGUUUUUUUCUUGUUCUUUUUAUGAUCUUUUUUAAUAUUAACCCAUCCACCCUCUUCAGAGGACACAUAUGUUUUUUUGUUUUUACAGCUUUUCUGCUACAUAUACAGUACCAGUCAAAAGUCUGGACACACCUACUCAUUCAAGGGUUUUUCUUUAUUUUUUCAAUUUGUUACAAUGUAAAAUAAUAGUGAAGACAUCAAAACUAUGAAAUAACAGAUAUGGAACAGUAACAAUACCUCAUCUCCCCUCCAGAGAUGCUGAGGAGGAAGGAUGAGCAGAUCGUGUGUCUGCUGGAGGAGAAGAUAGCAGUGUUUAGGGAGAUGUGUGAGGUUGGGAGCCCUGUAACCCACCCAGGAACAGGAACAGGAACAGGCCCAGCAGAGGAGCAGGGACAGGGCCCCAGCCGGGUCACCAGGACCAAGGUGCUGUUCAGGGCUGGGAGAGGAGCGGGCUCUGAGGACGUACCUAAAGGAGAACCCAUCAUAAAGGAUGCACUACAGGAAGGUUAGUAGACAGCCUCUCACCAUAAAUGUAACAAUACCCCAUCUAAUGGGAACCAGGGGUGGAAGCCAGACUGUGGACAUGGUGUAUUAAAUAAUAAUAAUAAAUAAUAUGCCAUUUAGCAGACGCUUUUAUCUAAAGCGACUUACAGUCAUGUGUGCAUACAUUUUUUGUGUAUGGGUGGUCCAGGGGAUCGAACCCACUACCCUGGCGUUACAAGCGCCAUGCUCUACCAAUUGAGCUACAGAGGACCACCAAUGCCACUUUAACUUUCACUGUGUUCUGAAUCUAUCAGAUGUUCUCCUCUGAUGUCUGCCUAUACAAAGGGCGUACUGGGAAGGUUGAUUGCAAUGAGUGUUUGUGUUUUGUGAUUUAGAUUAGAAUAUAUUGGUGCAAACAUUAAAACACUGUUUAUCCUUGUAACGUUAAUAUUUCUUAAGUUUGUUGUAUCGGUCAAAGAAAGAGUAAUGAAUAUUAUAUUAAUAUUAUUAUAUUAUUAUUAUAAUUUGGUUAGUGAAAUUCUGUAUGCACCCACCCACCGCAUAUUCUCUCUCUCCUCUCCUCCUCCUAUUUCGGGUCUCUCUCUCUCCCCCUCUCUAUCUAUAGCUCUCUCUACACACUCAUAUUGGUAUCUCCCUUGCUAUUGGGUUUAUCUCUCUACGAUAGCAACAUCAUCCAUAUCUGUGUGCUAUUUUCCUAUCUCUCUUUCUCUCUAUGACUCACCACUACCACUGGCAAAAGCAAGGAGAAGCCACAAUAAAAAGGCCGGAGAAAACCUCUAGAGGCUCUCACAAAAACCACAUUCACUCAACCUCUCCCACCACCCCCCCACUCAUCUCCUCCCCACCCACCCUCCUUCUAUAUCUCCCCCUCCCCUCUCUCUCUCUCUUUCUGUCUCCCCCCUCUCUCUAUCUUUCUCUCUCUCCCCCUCACCUCUCUCUCUCUCUCUCUCUCUCUCUCUCUCUGUGACAGUGGCGACGUUGCAGGCUUUGGUGAACGGUAGUCUGGGAGGAGCCAUGGGGGGGCAGCAGGUGAUGUCUGUCCCAGAGACAGGAGGAGGAGGAGGAGGAGGAGGAGUGGUGGGGCCGUGCCCCGUGUGUCUGCCUCGCAGGGCCGAGACCUUCGGAGGCUUUGACUCUCACCAGAUACACAUCUCUAAGAGUAAGACACCUCCCUGUCAUUACCAAGGGUUGAGAAGCCCUAUCAUGUCAGUAAUGGAGUUUAAGAUUAAAGAUGGAUCCCUUUAACUAAGAGCUUCCAUUCGAUCAGUUUGACCUCAUUCUCAAGCCUUGAUAUUUUGUGUCACUGGUGUAAACGCUGUGCUACAGGUCUUCUAUAUAUCUGUGCUGAUGAGUGUCUUGUGUUUUAUAGAUGGGGACAAAGAGGAGGGAGAGGUCACAGCAGACCUUCGCAGGACAGAGUCAGACGGUGUACUAAAGAAGGUUACCCACAAUACACCAAGCCAUAGCUAACAGGAAACCAGCUUGUGGUUCUCAAUACACCAAGCCAUAGCUAACAGGAAACCAGCUUGUGGUUCUCAAUACACCAAGCCAUAGCUGACAGGAUACCAGCUUGUGGUUCACAAUACACCAAGCCAUAGCUAACAGGAAACCAGCUUGUGGUUCUCAAUACACCAAGCCAUAGCUAACAGGAAACCAGCUUGUGGUUCUCAAUACACCAAGCCAUAGCUAACAGGAUACCAGCUUGUGGUUCUCAAUACACCAAGCCAUAGCUAACAGGAAACCAGCUUGUGGUCCACAAUACACCAAGCCAUAGCUAACAGGAAACCAGCUUGUGGUUCUCAAUACACCAAGCCAUAGCUAACAGGAAACCAGCUUGUGGUCCACAAUACACCAAGCCAUAGCUAACAGGAAACCAGCUUGUGGUUCACAAUACACCAAGCCAUAGCUAACAGGAAACCAGCUUGUGGUUCUCAAUACACCAAGCCAUAGCUAACAGGAAACCAGCUUGUGGUUCUCAAUACACCAAGCCAUAGCUAACAGGAAACCAGCUUGUGGUUCUCAAUACACCAAGCCAUAGCUAACAGGAAACCAGCUUGUGGUUCUCAAUACACCAAGCCAUAGCUAACAGGAAACCAGCUUGUGGUUCUCAAUACACCAAGCCAUAGCUAACAGGAAACCAGCUUGUGGUUCUCAAUACACCAAGCCAUAGCUAACAGGAAACCAGCUUGUGGUUCACAAUACACCAAGCCAUAGCUAACAGGAAACCAGCUUGUGGUUCUCAAUACACCAAGCCAUAGCUAACAGGAAACCAGCUUGUGGUUCUCAAUACACCAAGCCAUAGCUAACAGGAUACCAGCUUGUGGUUCUCAAUACACCAAGCCAUAGCUGACAGGAUACCAGCUUGUGGUUCUCAAUACACCAAGCCAUAGCUAACAGGAUACCAGCUUGUGGUUCACAAUACACCAAGCCAUAGCUAACAGGAAACCAGCUUGUGGUUCUCAAUACACCAAGCCAUAGCUAACAGGAAACCAGCUUGUGGUUCUCAAUACACCAAGCCAUAGCUAACAGGAAACCAGCUUGUGGUUCUCAAUACACCAAGCCAUAGCUAACAGGAAACCAGCUUGUGGUUCUCAAUACACCAAGCCAUAGCUAACAGGAAACCAGCUUGUGGUUCUCAAUACACCAAGCCAUAGCUAACAGGAAACCAGCUUGUGGUUCUCAAUACACCAAGCCAUAGCUAACAGGAAACCAGCUUGUGGUUCACAAUACACCAAGCCAUAGCUAACAGGAAACCAGCUUGUGGUUCUCAAUACACCAAGCCAUAGCUAACAGGAAACCAGCUUGUGGUUCUCAAUACACCAAGCCAUAGCUAACAGGAUACCAGCUUGUGGUUCUCAAUACACCAAGCCAUAGCUGACAGGAUACCAGCUUGUGGUUCUCAAUACACCAAGCCAUAGCUAACAGGAUACCAGCUUGUGGUUCACAAUACACCAAGCCAUAGCUAACAGGAAACCAGCUUGUGGUUCUCAAUACACCAAGCCAUAACUAACAGGAAACCAGCUUGUGGUUCUCAAUACACCAAGCCAUAGCUAACAGGAAACCAGCUUGUGGUUCUCAAUACACCAAGCCAUAGCUAACAGGAAACCAGCUUGUGGUUCUCAAUACACCAAGCCAUAGCUAACAGGAAACCAGCUACACUUUUAGAAAAAGGUUUUCCGAAAGGGUUCUUCAGUUGUCCCCAUAGGGAGAACCCUUUUUGGUUCCAAUUAGAACCCUCUGUGAAAAGGGUUCUACAUGGAACCCAAACAGGUUCUACAGUAGGUAUCCUGUGUGUGUGUGUGUGUGUUUGUGUGUGUGUGUGUGUGUGUGUGUGUGUGUGUGUGUGUGUGCGUGCGUUGCGUGUUUGCGUGUGUGUGUGUGGUGUGUGUGUGUGUGUGUGUGUGUGUGUGUGUGUGUGUGUGUGUGUGUGUGUGUGUGUGUGGUUGGUUAUGUUGAGGCUCUGAGGCCAUGUGUAUGACCAGGAAGGGGUUGUGUCCUUACAGUUCCGUACAUAGAACUCAUUACAUCAUUACAUCAUUAAAGUAUUUUACAUGAACAUAGUCAUUAGGAUGCAUUUAGCUGUCUCUGCUAUGAAUUAGCCGAGGGACUCUUCCUGCCAAGCCCAUAUCUAAUACAGAACCCUUAAUAACACAGGACAUUGGCUGUGUAAUAAUGUCCCUAAUAUGAUGAUUACUGUGGUGUCUUCCCAGCCAAUGGGGAUAGCUCCAACACACACACACACACACACACACACACACACACACACACACACACACCCACAGCCCUGUCCUGUCCUGUCCUGUCCUGUGGUCAGUAAUGCUGGAGCUUUGUGUUGUUCUCAGGGGGGGAAUGCUAACCUGCUGCUGUUCCUGAAGAGAAGCAGAGAGGUAAGAAAGAGAUCUGACCAGAACACCACAUAAAUAUACACCCCAGGACCCCAGGACCCAGGACUCAGGACCCAGGACCCAGACCCCAGGACCCAGGACCCCAGGACCCCAGACCCCAGACCCCAGGACCCCAGACCCCAGGACCCAGACCCCAGACCCAGACCCUAGCCCCCAGGACCCAGACCCCAGGACCCAGACCCCAGGACCCAGACCCCAGGACCCAGCCCCUAGCCCCCAGGACCCAGGACCCAGGACCCAGGACCCCAGGACCCAGACCCCAGGACCCAGCCCCUAGCCCCCAGGACCCAGACCCCAGGACCCCAGGACCCAGACCCCAGGACCCCAGGACCCCAGACCCAGGACCCAGGACCCCAGGACCCAGACCCAAGACCCCAGGACCCAGGACCCAGACCCCAGACCCCAGGACCAGACCCAGGACCCAGACCCCAGGACCCAGACCCCAGGACCCCAGGACCCCAGGACCCAGGACCCCAGGACCCAGGACCCCAGGACCCAGGACCCAGACCCCAGGACCCAGGACCCAGACCCCAGGACCCAGGACCCCAGACCCCAGGGACCCAGACCCCAGACCCCAGGACCAGACCCAGACCCCAGGACCCAGGACCCAGUCCCCAGGACCCUAGGACCCAGGACCAGACCCAGACCCCAGGACCCAGACCCCAGGACCCAGGACCCAGACCCCAGGACCCAGACCCAGACCCCAGGACCAGACCCAGACCCCAGGACCCAGUCCCCAGGACCCCAGGACCCAGGACCAGACCCAGACCCCAGGACCAGACCCCAGGAACCCAGGACCCAGACCCAGGACCCAGACCCCAGAACCCCAGGACCAGACCCAGACCCCAGGACCCAGACCCCAGGACCCAGGACCCAGACCCCAGGACCCAGGACCCAGACCCCAGACCCCAGGACCCCAGGACCCAGACCCAGGACCCAGGACCCAGACCCCAGGACCCAGACCCCAGACCCCAGGACCAGACCCAGACCCCAGGACCCAGAACCAGACCCAGGACCCAGGGACCCAGGACCCCAGACCCCAGGACCAGGACCCAGGACCCAACCCAGGACCCAGGACCCAGACCCCAGGACCCAGACCCCAGACCCCAGGACCAGACCCAGACCCCAGGACCCAGACCCCAGGACCCCAGACCCCAGACCCCAGGACCCAGACCCCAGACCCCAGGACCAGACCCAGACCCCAGACCCCAGGACCCCAUGACCCAGACCCCAGACCCCAGACCCCAGGCCCCAGACCCCAGGACCCAGACCCCAGGACCCCAUGACCCAGACCCCAGGACCCCAGACCCCAGGACCCAGACCCCAGGACCCCAGGACCCAGGACCCAGACCCCAGGACCCAGACCCCAGGACCCAGACCCCAGACCCCAGGACCCAGACCCCAGACCCUAGACCCCAGACCCCAGGACCCAGGACCCAGACCCAGACCCCAGGACCCAGGCCCCAGACCCCAGACCCAGCACAUAAAUGUAUAGCACUGUAGUACAAUAGGCCAGACCCAGCAGCUAACAACUGGACUGCAUUUUGGUCUCAAUAAAUUUCUAAUGAUUUAUUUUCACUGUAAACAUACCAUAUUGUAUAUAAUGAAGUAAGAGUAUUCCUUUCUGUUGGCCAAUGUGUGUUGUCUUCUAGCAGGUCCUCCACAGUGUGAGCCACCUCUAUGACCUGCUCAGCUCCCUGCAGGUCAGUGUGCUCCCCUGUACUCUCUCCUGGUGUCUUGGGACUAGCUGUAUUGGACUUAACCAGAAUAAUCUGCCUGACUGUCAGUCUCUGUGGUAUAUCUGUCUCUGUGGUAUAUCUGUCUCUGUGGUAUAUCUAUCUCUGUGGUAUAUCUGUCUCUGUGGUAUAUCAGUCUCUGUGGUAUAUCUGUCUCUGUGGUAUAUCUGUCUCUGGUAUAUCUGUCUCUGUGGUAUAUCUGUCUCUGGUAUAUCUGUCUCUGUGGUAUAUCAGUCUCUGUGGUAUAUCUGUCUCUGUGGUAUAUCAGUCUCUGUGGUAUAUCUGUCUCUGUGGUAUAUCUGUCUCUGUGUCCCUGCAGGCAGUGGUAGUCCAGCAGGACAGCUUAAUUGAGGAUCAGCGCCAGGCUCUCACCAACCGCUCCGAACGCCUCCCCUCCUUCUCCUCCUCCUCCUCCUCCUCCUCCCGUCCCUCCUCCCGCCCCAACUCCCUGAUCGAGCAGGAGAAACAGCGCAGCCUGGAGAAACACAGACAGGAGAUGGCCACGCUGCAGCGCCAGCAGGCCGCACACGACCAGGAGAAGAGGAGCAGGGAGAGGGAGUGGGAGGUGCAGGAGCAGCAGCUGACAGACAGGGAGGUGCGGCUCCUGGUGCAGGAAGAGGAGACGGGGAAGAGGAGCAGGGAGCUGGAUACAGAGAGGAUGGAGCUACAGGGGAAGAAGGAGGACUAUCAGAUAGAUCUAGAGAGACUGAGAGACGCUCAGAGGAAACUGGACCGAGACACAGAACAGAUCCACAGAGAAAUGGAGAGGGGGAGAAACACAGGAGACGGCCGGAGGGAAGAGGGCGAGCGAGACGAGAAGAGAGAGCAGAGCGAGACGAGAAGAGAGAGCAGAGCGAGACGAGAAGAGAGAGCAGGCGAGACGAAGAGAGAGCAGAGCGAGACGAGAAGAGAGAGCAGAGCGAGACGAGAAGAGAGAGCAGAGCGAGACGAGAAGAGAGAGCAGAGCGAGACGAGAAGAGAGAGCAGAGCGAGACGAGACGAGAGAGCAGAGCGAGACGAGAAGAGAGAGCAGAGCGAGACGAGAAGAGAGAGCAGAGCGAGACGAGAAGAGAGAGCAGAGCGAGACGAGAAGAGAGAGCAGAGCGAGACGAGAAGAGAGAGCAGAGCGAGACGAGAAGAGAGAGCAGAGCGAGACGAGAAGAGAGGCAGAGCGAGACGAGAAGAGAGAGCAGAGCGAGACGAGAAGAGAGAGCAGAGCGAGACGAGAAGAGACAGCAGAGCGAACGAGAAGAGAGAGCAGAGCGAGACGAGAAGAGAGAGCAGAGGAGAGGAAAGAGAGAGCAGACGAGAGAGAGAGCAGAGCGAGACGAGAAGAGAGAGCAGAGCGAGACGAGAAGAGAGAGCAGAGCGAGACGAGAAGAGGAGAGCAGAGCGAGACGAGAAGAGGAGAGCAGAGCGAGACGAGAAGAGAGAGCAGAGGGAGGCAGAGACAGAGAGAGGAGAGAAGAGAGAGCAGAGAGACGAGAAAGAAGAGACGAGACAGAAGAGAGAGCAGAGCGAGACGAGAAGAGAGAGCAGAGCGAGACGAGAAGAGAGAGCAGAGCGAGACGAGAGAAGCAGACAGACGGAAGAGAGCAGAGCGAGACGAAGAGAGAGCAGAGCGAGACGACGAAGAGAGAGCAGAGCGAGACGAGAGAGAGAGAGCAGAGCGAGACGAGAAGAGAGAGCAGAGCGAGACGAGAAGAGAGAGACAGAGGACGAGAGAGAGGAGCAGAGCGAGACGAGAAGAGAAGAGACGAGAGAGAGAGCAGAGCGAGACGAGAGAGAGAGAGCGAGACGAGAAGGAGCGAGACGAGAAGAGAGAGCAGAGCGAGACGAGAAGAGAGAGCAGAGCGAGACGAGAAGAGAGAGCAGAGCGAGACGAAGAAGAGAGCAGAGAGAGAGAGAAGGAGAGAAGAGGCAGAGCAGAGAGAGAGAAGAAGCGAGAAGAGAACAGAGACGAGAAAGAGAGAGAGAAUAGAGCAUACUAGAAGAGAGGAGCAUAAGAGAUAGAGAAGAGAGCGAGAAGCGAGAGACGAGUACAGAAGAGAGAGCAGAGAGAACGAGAAUAAGAGAAGCGAUAGAUAAUAAUAGAGAUCUAACAUAAAGAUAGCAUAGAUACUAGAUAUAAUAUAUAAUAUCGAUAAUAUAUUCAUAUACUAUAGUAUAUAUAUCAUAUCUAUACUAUAAUAUAUAUCAUAUCUGUACUAUAAUAUCUAUACUAUACUAUCUACUAUAAUAGCUCUGUCGUAGCCGGCCGUGACCGGGAGACCCAUGGGGCGGCGCACAAUUGGCCCAGCGUCGUCCAGGGUAGGGGAGGGAAUGGCCGGCGGGGAUGUAGCUCAGUUGGUAGAGCAUGGCGUUUGCAACGGCAGGAUUGUGGGUUCGAUUACCACGGGGGGCCAGUAUGAAAAAAUUAAAACAAUUACAAAUAAUGUAUGUACUCACUAACUGUAAGUCGCUCUGGAUAAGAGCGUCUGCUAAAUGACAAAAAUUUAAAAUAUAAUAUCUACAGUGGGGGAAAAAAGUAUUUAGUCAGCCACCAAUUGUGCAAGUUCUCCCACUUAAAAAGAUGAGAGAGGCCUGUAAUUUUCAUCAUAGGUACCCGUCAACUAUGACAGACAAAUUGAGAAUUAUUUUUCCAGAAAAUCACAUUGUAGGAUUUUUAAUGAAUUUAUUUGCAAAUGAUGGUGGAAAAUAAGUAUUUGGUCACCUACAAACAAGCAAUAUUUCUGGCUCUCACAGACCUGUAACUUCUUCUUUAAGAGGCUCCUCUGUCCUCCACUCGUUACCUGUAUUAAUGGCACCUGUUUGAACUUGUUAUCAGUAUAAAAGACACCUGUCCACAACCUCAAACAGUCACACUCCAAACUCCACUAUGGCCAAGACCAAAGAGCUGUCAAAGGACACCAGAAACAAAAUUGUAGACCUGCACCAGGCUGGGAAGACUGAAUCAGCAAUAGGUAAGCAGCUUGGUUUGAAGAAAUCAACUGUGGGAGCAAUUAUUAGGAAAUGGAAGACAUACAAGACCACUGAUAAUCUCCCUCGAUCUGGGGCUCCACGCAAGAUCUCACCCCGUGGGGUCAAAAUGAUCACAAGAACGGUGAGCAAAAAUCCCAGAACCACACGGGGGGACCUAGUGAAUGACCUGCAGAGAGCUGGGACCAAAGUAACAAAGCCUACCAUCAGUAACACACUACGCCGCCAGGGACUCAAAUCCUGCAGUGCCAGAUGUGUCCCCCUGCUUAAGCCAGUACAUGUCCAGGCCCGUCUGAAGUUUGCUAGAGUGCAUUUGGAUGAUCCAGAAGAGGAUUGGGAGAAUGUCAUAUGGUCAGAUGAAACCAAAAUAGAACUUUUUGGUAAAAACUCAACUCGUCGUGUUUGGAGGACAAAGAAUGCUGAGUUGCAUCCAAAGAACACCAUACCUACUGUGAAGCAUGGGGGUGGAAACAUCAUGCUUUGGGGCUGUUUUUCUGCAAAGGGACCAGGACGACUGAUCUGUGUAAAGGAAAGAAUGAAUGGGGCCAUGUAUCGUGAGAUUUUGAGUGAAAACCUCCUUCCAUCAGCAAGGGCAUUGAAGAUGAAACGUGGCUGGGUCUUUCAGCAUGACAAUGAUCCCAAACAACACCGCCCGGGCAACGAAGGAGUGGCUUCGUAAGAAGCAUUUCAAGGUCCUGGAGUGGCCUAGCCAGUCUCCAGAUCUCAACCCCAUAGAAAAUCUUUGGAGGGAGUUGAAAGUCCGUGUUGCCCAGUGACAGCCCCAAAACAUCACUGCUCUAGAGGAGAUCUGCAUGGAGGAAUGGGCCAAAAUACCAGCAACAGUGUGUGAAAACCUUGUGAAGACUUACAGAAAACGUUUGACCUGUGUCAUUGCCAACAAAUGGUAUAUAACAAAGUAUUGAGAAACUUUUGUUAUUGACCAAAUACUUAUUUUCCACCAUAAUUUGCAAAUAAAUUCAUUAAAAAUCCUACAAUGUGAUUUUCUGGAAAAGAAAUUAUCAUUUUGUCUGUCAUAGUUGACGUGUACCUAUGAUGAAAAUUACAGGCCUCUCUCAUCUUUUUAAGUGGGAGAACUUGCACAAUUGGUGGCUGACUAAAUACUUUUUUCCCCCACUGUAUACUAUACAGUGCAUUCGGAAAGUAUUCAGACCCCUUAACUUUUUCCACAUUUUGUUACUUUACAGACUUAUUCUAAAAUUGAUUAAAUUGUUUUUUUCUCUCAUCAAUACCCCAUAAUGACAAAACAUAAGUAUUCAGACCCUUUACUCAGUACUUUGUUGAAGCACCUUUGGCAGCGAUUACAGCCUCGAGUCGUCUUGGGUGUGACGCUACAAGCUUGGCACAUCUGUAUUUGGGGAGUUUCUCCCAUUCUUCUCUGCAGAUCCUCUCAAGCUCUGUCAGGUUGGAUGGGGAGCGUCGCUGCACAGCUAUUUUCAGGUCUCUCCAGAGAUGUUAGAUCGGGUUCAAGUCCGGGCUCUGGCUGGGCCACUCAAAGACAUUCAGAGACUUGUCCCGAAGCCUCUCCUGCUUUGUCUUGGCUGUGUGCUUAGGGUCGUUGUCCUGUUGGAAGGGGAAUCUUCGCCCCCAGUCUGAGGUCCUGAGCGCUCUGGAGCAGGUUUUCAUCAAGGAUCUCUCUGUACUUUGCUCUGUUCAUCUUUCCCUCGGUCCUGACUAGUCAGGUUUCCUCCAGAGCGUGAUGCUACCACCAUCAUGCUUCACCAUAGGGAUGGUGCCAAGAGGUUUCCUCUAGAAGUGACGCUUGGCAUUCAGACCAAAGAGUUCAAUCUUGGUUUCAUCAGACUAGAGAAUCUUGUUUCUCAUGGUCUGAGAGUCUUUAGGUGCCUUUUGGCAAACUCCAAGCGGGCUGUCAUGUGCCUUUUCCUGAGGAGUGUCUUCUGUCUGGCCACUCUACCAUAAAGGCCUGAUUGGUGGAGUGCUGCAGAGAUGGUUGUCCUUCUGGAAAGGUUCUCUCAUCUCCACAGAGGAACUCUGGUGCUCUGUCAGAGUGACCAUCGGAUUCUUGGUCACCUCCCUGACCAAGGCCCUUCUCUACCGAUGGAGGCCACUAUGUUCUUGGGGAUCUUCAAUGCUGCAGACAUUUUUUGGUACCCUUCCCCAGAUCUGUGGGGAGAACGGCUCAUAAAAAAUUGUCGGAACGGAGCUAAUGGAAUGGCAUCACACAUCUGGAAACAAAGUGUUUGAUGUAUUUGAUACCAUUCCACUAAUUCCACUCCAGUCAUUACCAUGAACCCGUCCUCCCCAGUUAAGGUGCCACCAACCUCCUGCGAUAUCCAUACCGUUGUCAAAGCUAAAAUACCCCCUCUGCAAGAUUAACGACUCAACUUGACCCUGCCUACCCAAUGGCAGUUCAGUUAUCCCUUGUCCUUAACCCCUACAGAUCUGAUAGAUGCCGCUCUGCCUUGUCUACAGCUAGGUCCUGGUCCUCAGGACUCAACAGGAAGGGCCUUACAGUCUAGUGGGCUGAGCCUAGUGCUUAUGCUGCCUCGCCCCGCCCCCAGCCUAGUGCUUAUGCUGCCUCGCCCCGCCCCCAGCCUAGUGCUUAUGCUGCCUCGCCCCGCCCCCUUCUAUAAACCUGCCGCUUCCCCGGAUCGUCCAGAACUUCCACUGUAGAGCACUAUGACGGGGUGCCUUCUAUAAACUGGGUUGGCUUGGCCCAGAAUCACCCCUCUUCCAACUCCUACCAAUGCACUCAGUACCUAUAGUCGGGUCUCAGGUUCCUUUUACGCUGACUGAGUCCAUCAGGAAGUGUAUAGGAGAUGUUGUACCCACUGUGACUAUUAAAACCUACCCAAACCAGAAACCGUGGAUAGAUGGCAGCCUAGGCACACAAAACUGAAACCACCGCAUUUAACCAUGGCAAGGUGACUGGGAAUAUGGCCGAAUACAAGCAUUUAACCAUGGCAAGGUGACUGGGAAUAUGGCCGAAUACAAGCAUUUAACCACGGCAAGGUGACUGGGAAUAUGGCCGAAUACAAGCAUUUAACCAUGGCAAGGUGACUGGGAAUAUGGCCGAAUACAAGCAUUUAACCAUGGCAAGGUGACUGGGAAUAUGGCCGAAUACAAGCAUUUAACCAUGGCAAGGUGACUGGGAAUAUGGCCGAAUACAAGCAUUUAACCAUGGCAAGGUGACUGGGAAUAUGGCCGAAUACAAGCAUUUAACCAUGGCAAGGUGACUGGGAAUAUGGCCGAAUACAAGCAUUUAACCACGGCAAGGUGACUGGGAAUAUGGCCGAAUACAAGCAUUUAACCACGGCAAGGUGACUGGGAAUAUGGCCGAAUACAAGCAUUUAACCACGGCAAGGUGACUGGGAAUAUGGCCGAAUACAAGCAUUUAACCAUGGCAAGGUGACUGGGAAUAUGGCCGAAUACAAGCAUUUAACCAUGGCAAGGUGACUGGGAAUAUGGCCGAAUACAAGCAUUUAACCACGGCAAGGUGACUGGGAAUAUGGCCGAAUACAAGCAUUUAACCAUGGCAAGGUGACUGGGAAUAUGGCCGAAUACAAGCAUUUAACCAUGGCAAGGUGACUGGGAAUAUGGCCGAAUACAAGCAUUUAACCAUGGCAAGGUGACUGGGAAUAUGGCCGAAUACAAGCAUUUAACCAUGGCAAGGUGACUGGGAAUAUGGCCGAAUACAAGCAUUUAACCAUGGCAAGGUGACUGGGAAUAUGGCCGAAUACAAGCAUUUAACCACGGCAAGGUGACUGGGAAUAUGGCCGAAUACAAGCAUUUAACCAUGGCAAGGUGACUGGGAAUAUGGCCGAAUACAAGCAUUUAACCACGGCAAGGUGACUGGGAAUAUGGCCGAAUACAAGCAUUUAACCAUGGCAAGGUGACUGGGAAUAUGGCCGAAUACAAACUGGCAGGACUCUGAUGACACAGGGUUUCAGAACAACAAAGCAGGACUCUGAUGACACAGGGUUUCAGAACAACAAAGCAGGACUCUGAUGACACAGGGUUUCAGAACAACAAAGCAGGACUCUGGGUUAUUCUAGGUUAAACUAUCAUCAUUAUUACACAUUGACACGUCUUACUUAUUAGUCCAGUUACAUCUUAAACAUCCAACAUUUUAAACAUUUCAUCAUUAUGACAUUUCAUCAUUAUGACAUUUCAACAUUAUGACAUUUCAUCAUUUUAACAUUUCAUCAUUUGGUGGAUGUAUACUCUAUAUUCGUCCUGUAACAGAAGGGGGGCCAGUAUAAAAUAAUAUAUGCACUCACUAACUGUAAGUCGCUCUGGAUAAGAGCGUCUGCUAAAUGACUAAAAUCUAAAAUGUAAAAGAAAUGUGUGAACUGGAAAUGUGUUUCUUGCAUUUCCCAACUCCCCCUGAGACAUCUGCAGGGAGUGGGGUCACGGCCAGGGUCACCAUUGUCCAGGGAGUGGGGUCACGGCCAGGUAGUGGGGUCACGGCCAGGGAGUGGGGUCACGGCCAGGGAGUGGGGUCACGGCCAGGGAGUGGGGUCACGGCCAGGGAGUGGGGUCACGGCCAGGGAGUGGGGUCACGGCCAGGGAGUGGGGUCACGGCCAGGGAGUGGGGUCACGGCCAGGGAGUGGGGUCACGGCCAGGGAGUGGGAUCACGGCCAGGGUCAUUGUCCAGGGAGUGGGGUCACAGCCAGGGAGUGGGGUCACAGCCAGGGAGUGGGGUCACGGCCAGGGAGUGGGGUCACGGCCAGGGUCACCAUUGUCCAGGGAGUGGGGUCACGGCCAGGGAGUGGGGUCACGGCCAGGGAGUGGGGUCACGGCCAGGGAGUGGGGUCACAGCCAGGGAGUGGGGUCACAGCCAGGGAGUGGGGUCACGGCCAGGGAGUGGGGUCACGGCCAGGGUCACCAUUGUCCAGGGAGUGGGGUCACGGCCAGGGAGUGGGGUCACGGCCAGGGAGUGGGGUCACGGCCAGGGUCAUUGUCCAGGGAGUGGGGUCACGGCCAGGGAGUGGGGUCACGGCCAGGGAGUGGGGUCACGGCCAGGGAGUGGGGGUCACGGCCAGGGAGUGGGGUCACAGCCAGGGAGUGGGGUCACGGCCAGGGAGUGGGGUCACGGCCAGGGUCACCAUUGUCCAGGGAGUGGGGUCACGGCCAGGGAGUGGGGUCACGGCCAGGGAGUGGGGUCACGGCUAGGGAGUGGGGUCACGGUCAGGGUCACCAUUGUCCAGGGAGUGGGGUCAUGGCCAGGGAGUGGGGUCACGGCCAGGGAGUGGGGUCACGGCCAGGGAGUGGAGUCACGGCCAGGGAGUGGAGUCACGGUCAGGGUCACCAUUGUCCAGUACCCCUGGAGAGAUUGGUUAGGUGCGUUGCUCAAAGGAACAGUUACAGUCUUUCCACCUUGUCGGCUCCAGGAUUCAAACCAGUGACAUUUCGGUUACUGGCCCAAUGCACUAACCUCGAGGGUACCUGCCGCCCUGAUAUGAUACUAUAUUAUCUGAAUAGAACUACCUCUAGCUCUAACAUUACCCACCAUCAUUAUAAUGUUUAUAUAACGUAAUAUAAUACCAUAUCAUAUUUAUAACCCCUCCUCCUGUCUUCUCCAACAGAAAUGGAUACAGAGAACUCCCUCCUCCACCUCAGACGACUCCCCCCACUUCUCCUCCUCUAACUCCCUGGACAAAGACCCAGGAGACCCCACAGAGCUCUCCUCCUCCCUCAGGAAAGACUCCCUGACCUCGUCAAAAGGGCAGAGCCUAAACCCUUUCUCUGUGUCCCCGGCAAUAAAGGCCCCUAGAGGAGACAGGCAGGACCAGACACCUAACAGACUGCUGCAGCUGGCUAAAGGAAGCAACACAGACAAGAAGAAGGAGGAGGAAGAGGAGACACAGUCAGCAGGUAUAACUACAGUACAGUGUAGAGUCAGGGAGGACAGUCAGCAGUAUAACUACAGUGUAGAGACAGGAGACGGGGAGGACAGUCAGCAGGUAUAACUACAGUACAGGUAGAGUCAGGGAGGACGUCAGGAGACAGUCAGAGGAGUACAGUAGAGACAGGGAGGGAGAGGACAGUCAGCAGAAAUACAGUCAGUGUAGAGCAGGGAGACGUCUAGUACAGUGUGAGACAGGGAGGACAGUCAGGUAGUCAGACAGGUACAGAGAAGGACAGUCAGGGAGGACAGUCAGCAGGUAUAACACAGUACAGGUGUAGAGACAAGGGAGGACAGUCAGGGAGGACAGUCAGCAGGUAUAACUACAGUACAGUGUAGAGACAGGGAGGACGGUCAGCAGGUAUAACUACAGUACAGUGUUGAGACAGGGAGGACAGUCAGGGAGGACAGUCAGCAGGUAUAAAUACAGUACAGUGUAGAGUCAGGGAGGACAGUCAGGGAGGACAGUCAGCAGGUAUAACUACAGUACAGUGUAGAGACAGGGAGGACAGUCAGGGAGGACAGUCAGCAGGUAUAACUACAGUACAGUGUAGAGACAGGGAGGACAGUCAGCAGGUAUAACUAUAGUACAGUGUAGAGACAGGGAGGACAGUCAGGGAGGACAGUCAGCAGGUAUAACUACAGUACAGUGUUGAGACAGGGAGGACAGUCAGGGAGGACAGUCAGGGAGAACAGUCAGGGAGGACAGUCAGCAGGUAUAACUACAGUACAGUGUAGAGACAGGGAGGACAGUCAGGGAGGACAGUCAGCAGGUAUAACUACAGUACAGUGUAGAGACAGGGAGGACAGUCAGGGAGGACAGUCAGCAGGUAUAACUACAGUACAGUGUAGAGACAGGGAGGACAGUCAGGGAGGACAGUCAGCGGGUAUAACUACAGUACAGUGUAGAGACAGGGAGGACAGUCAGGGAGGACAGUCAGCAGGUAUAACUACAGUACAGUGUAGAGACAGGGAGGACAGUCAGGGAGGACAGUCAGCAGGUAUAACUACAGUACAGUGUAGAGACAGGGAGGACAGUCAGGGAGGACAGUCAGCGGGUAUAACUACAGUACAGUGUAGAGACAGGGAGGACAGUCAGGGAGGACAGUCAGCAGGUAUAACUACAGGACAGUGUAGAGACAGGGAGGACAGUCAGGGAGGACAGUCAGCAGGUAUAACUACAGUACAGUGUAGAGACAGGGAGGACAGUCAGGGAGGACAGUCAGCAGGUAUAAACUACAGUACAGUGUAGAGACAGGGAGGACAGUCAGCGGGUAUAAAUACAGUACAGUGUAGAGACAGGGAGGACAGUCAGGGAGGACAGUCAGCAGGUAUAACUACAGUACAGUACAUAUAAAGCAUUAGAAUUGUUUUGAGAUCCCAAUCCAGUCCAGUUAUUGGCUGUUGGGUCUGUGGCCUGGGAAAUUCUACUACAGUAUAUGUAUGUGCUGGUGCUGGGAUAUGGGGGUUUCCAAAUGAAUGACAAAUAAAAAACUAAGUAGUCUUCAUUGUGUAUGUCUUCACACCCAGAGUUAGUACUUGGUGGAAUCACCUUGGGCAGACAUUUGAGUACGGUACUGCCAUCUGUGCGUUACUCUUUGGGCAACAUUUAUACAUUGUUUUUGUUAAAAUUGCUCAUAUCAUAUUCUGCCCCUGACAAAAAAACAUGUUUUUGUUUUGGGCAGCAAAAUGUGAAGACUGUGCAAGGGGUGUGUAGACUUUCACUAGGCACUGUAAAUAUGAAAGGGGUGUGAUUGUAAUCUGUUUCUCUAUUUGUCUCCAUAGAUACCCAGCACCUAGAUCCUCCUAUAGAUGGAGAGAUCUACUUCUGCUGAGGAGACUCCUCUUCAUCUCCUCCCCUCCUCCUCCUCCUCCUCGUCUCCCAGAUGGCAAUGCAACAUCCCUCUCACCAGCUGAA